UGGAUUUUCUCAAGAAGCAAAAGCAGUUGGAGUAGUCCACACUACAGCUCAACCCGUUGGAGUAGGGGAUGGAACGCUUCCGGUUCAGGGCACCUCCCCUCUCGCUCAAGCUAGCCUUCGCCGCCGUCUCCCUCGGCGUCUCCUUCGCCGCCGUCUCCUCCUCACCCUCUCCCCUCCCUUCCUCGGCCGCCUCCUCCUCUCCGCGGACCGUAGCCGCCGACCUCCUCGCCGUCCUCGCCGGCCCGCGCGCCGCGGCGCGGGUGCCGGCCCGGGAGGCCUCGCGCCUGAGCUCCUGCCUCCGGUUCCUCUCCCCGGCCAACCCCGCCGCCGUGUCUAGCGCGUAUCCCCGGAGGGGCUCCCGGAAGGUUCUCCUGGAAGGCUGCGAUGCGGCCGAGGCGGACGCGAUGGUGAUGUGGCCGCCGGCGCCGGUCUUGGAGCUGGCGCUCCUCGCCGUCGACUCCGGAGGCGACCCUGGGGCCAUCCACCGCUUGCUCGACCCCACCAUGCUGCCGGUGCCUGAUAUUGAGGGAACGAAGAAGAGCAAAUGCCACCUCACAAGAACACCGUAUGGAAGACGCUUUGCUGAUGAGGACAUCAAUUCAUACUUUGCAUUUCUGUUUGAAUUGAUUGCUGCGCGAGGACCAUCAGUUGGAUUAAAUGUUUCACUGACUCGUUAUGAUUUAUUCCACGGGCAUCUUUUCCUGGCAUCUGGUACAGGAAGGCUUGGGAUUCUGUUCCACGCCAAAGAAUAUCCAGCAUUCGACAAGAAAUUGUUCCCUUACAAUUUGGGAUAUUGCCAGGCUGAAUCUGAUGUACCCUAUGAUGAUUCCAUGAAUUUACGUAAUAUCCUUUGGUUAGCUCCAUUGCCAUCCAGUGAUAAUAAAGUUUGGUUAGCACCAGGGGUGCUAGUCGUCUUGGAUGCACAUCCAGAUGGAAUUAUUUAUCAAGAUAUGAUACGUGACUAUGUUCAGAUCGUACGAACAAUAUACGAAGAUGAUUUCGGAGAGCUUGCGGUCGAUGUCAACUAUCUGAAUGCAGCCAACACAGCUCCAGCGGAUAGGAUUUUCAUUUGCUGACGUCCAUCCAUAGGAUCAUUGCCUUCACCGUGUGAUUUCAUCUCUGGGAAGGGAACACCAAAUGUACCAUUUUUUACAAGAUGCACUCACUCGAGAUCCAGGAAAGCAUCAGUGAUUUGGUGGCAAGUAUCCUGUAUAGUUCAGGUGUUCAUCUCCAAGACGGCUUCAGAUGCUUAUUUGAUUGAAUGUACAGAUGUAGCACUCGAGGAAGCAGUUAAUCUAUCGCACGCAUGACAUGUUUGUUUGAUGGAGUUCAUCAGAAAUUCAUUUGGUUGUGGCA